AUGAGCUCUGGUUUCUUCCAAAACCUGACUAUACGGCCCAAGGUUUCAGCUGUUGACGAAGACCCCUCUCUCUCCUCCGCCAGGCACAUCACAGAUCCUCACACUGGUACACCUCUCAACCCUCCAAGCACCAGUAUCACCGCCAGUGCAUCUACUGGCUACACUCACCCUCAAGGGAGCAAGGGAGCACAGCUUCAAGAAGCUCCCUACACCUCAUACACAACAAGUAAUCUCCUCGAGCUUGGCAAUUUGGAGGUUAGAGCGGCCAUCUGGGGCCAUGUUUUGUCUCUCCCUCUGGACAAAACACUGAUUCUACAACGUCACGUCAGGGAUCUGGGCCGCCCCAGCACCGACCGAACCGCUUUGCUCCGAGUGUGCAAGGAGGUCUACGCAGAAGCAGUCCCACUUCUGUACGCCCAGUCCCUUGUCUUCUACUCCAUCAACACCCUCCGAUCGUGGGUAAUCAAAGUCGACAUCAACGUCGACCAUCUCUCCUCCAUUGUCCUUCGCCUGCAGACCCAACUGGGUCGGGGCCAUUACACCAUUUCCGGAGAGCUCAAGAGCGCCUUGGGCGUUUCUGGCCUCAGCAGAGCCGGCUUUCUUGGGUCCUUGGCGCUCGAUGGCCAAACCCCAGCCCUCCUCGACAAUCAGUUCCCUCAGUACCAGGAGGAGGGGACUGAACGAGCCGACAUGAGGCUCGUUCAUAUUGUGCGGAGGAGGGGGGCGGCGGCAGAGUGGCCGUGUGUGUGGGACGUCGAAGUGAGGACUCUCGGCAGAGCCUUUCGGAGAUUCAAGGAGCGCCAGGCUCGACAAGAUGGUCCUACAGAGGCGUGGGCAGAGUAUAGGAACUUCUUCGAAAUCAUGUAA